AUGUCUGCUCCCGCCCACAAGUUCAAGGUCGCCGACCUCUCUCUGGCCGCCUUCGGCCGCAAGGAGAUCGAGCUCGCUGAGAACGAGAUGCCCGGUCUCAUGCAGACCCGUGCCAAGUACGCCGCCGACCAGCCCCUCAAGGGCGCCCGCAUCGCCGGUUGCUUGCACAUGACCAUCCAGACCGCCGUCCUCAUCGAGACCCUCACUGCUCUCGGUGCCGAGGUCACCUGGACUUCCUGCAACAUCUUCUCCACCCAGGACCACGCCGCCGCCGCCAUUGCCGCCGCCGGUGUCCCCGUCUUCGCCUGGAAGGGCGAGUCCGAGGAGGAGUACAACUGGUGCUUGGAGCAGCAGCUGUCCGCCUUCAAGGACGGCCAGAAGCUCAACCUCAUCCUCGACGACGGUGGUGACCUGACCCACCUCGUCCACGACAAGUACCCCGAGAUGCUCAAGGGCUGCUACGGUGUCUCUGAGGAGACCACCACCGGUGUCCACCACCUCUACAAGAUGCUCAAGGACGGCAAGCUCCUCGUCCCCUCCAUCAACGUCAACGACUCGGUCACCAAGUCCAAGUUCGACAACCUGUACGGCUGCCGCGAGUCCCUCAUUGACGGCAUCAAGCGCGCUACCGAUGUCAUGGUUGCCGGCAAGAUCGCCGUCGUCGCCGGCUUCGGUGACGUCGGCAAGGGCUGUGCCCAGGCCCUGCACACCAUGGGUGCCCGUGUCAUCGUCACCGAGAUCGACCCCAUCAACGCCCUCCAGGCCGCCAUGGCCGGCUACGAGGUCACCACCAUGGAGAAGGCUGCCUCCCGCGGCCAGAUCUUCGUCACCACCACUGGCUGCCGUGACAUCCUGACUGGCGUGCACUUCGAGGCCAUGCCCAACGACGCUAUUGUCUGCAACAUUGGUCACUUCGACAUCGAGAUCGACGUUGCGUGGCUCAAGGCCAACGCCCAGAGCGUUCAGAACAUCAAGCCCCAGGUCGACCGCUUCCUCAUGAAGAACGGUCGCCACGUCAUCCUUCUCGCCGAGGGUCGUCUGGUCAACCUCGGCUGUGCCACUGGCCACUCUUCCUUCGUCAUGUCCUGCUCCUUCACCAACCAGGUCCUUGCCCAGAUCAUGCUGUACAAGAACGGCGACGCCGCUUGGGGCCAGAAGUACGUCGAGUUCGCCAAGGCUGGCAAGCUCGACGUCGGUGUCUACGUCCUCCCCAAGGUCCUCGACGAGGAGGUUGCCAGACUCCACCUGGCGCACUGCAACGUCGAGCUCACCGAGCUCAGCAAGGUCCAGUCCGAGUACCUCAGCAUCGCCGUUGAGGGUCCCUACAAGAGCGACAUCUACCGCUACUAA